UUCUAUUUCAUGACUAGUCAAAGAAUGAGAUCAUUGGUUUAUGAAGGUGAAAUAUCCAUCGAAACAUAUUGGUGCUGGAAUUUCCCCCUCACUGACUUGGCAUUGGGCAGUGAAUCUCUGAUCCUAGGUCAGCAGCAGUGUGAUUUCUGUGUAUCAUCACAUGGUGCCUCUGUGUGUGAAGAGAGAGGGAGCAGGUGCAGCUUUCUCCUUAAAUGGUAAUGAGCCACGUCAUGUGACGCAGGACAGAGCCAACAACACAGCAUCACCAGGAAAAUGGAGGCAGGGCACGCAUAGAGAAACACACACAAACACACAGUUUCAGUAUCACUGGCUAGAAAUGAUGCUCUAAACAUUAACAACAAUUGAAAAGAUGAUAUUUUGUGAUAUGAGAAAGUAGUGAAGUGCGAUUUGAAAAGGAAUCAGUAAAAUCUUCAUUUCCCUGAUACAAAGGCCGCUUCCAGAGGAGGGAGAUAUGGAUUCUUCCUGCACACUUGGUGAGGAGAGAACAUCUCCUCCCAACUCACUUCACAUCAGUGGAGCUGGUGGAGGUUCGGGUCACCGCAAACGCCGCACCCUUGUAGCCCCAGAUAUUAACCUGUCCUUGGAUCAAAGUGAAGGGUCCCUGCUUUCCGAUGACUUCCUGGAUACACCCGAUGAUCUGGACAUUAAUGUUGAUGACAUUGAAACUCCUGAUGAGACAGACUCCUUGGAGUUCCCAGCCAACGGCAAUGACAUGGAAUGGGAAGAUGACACGCCAGUGGCCUCAGCCAACUCUGGGCCUGUUGAAGGGGCUGAAGAUGAGGGGGAUGUUGGAAAUGGUCGUUUGUGGAGGACUGUCAUCAUCGGCGAGCAGGAGCACCGUAUCGACAUGCAGCUCAUUCGGCCAUACGUGCGUGUCAUAUCUCAUGGAGGUUACUAUGGUGAAGGCCUGAAUGCCAUCAUUGUGUUUUCAGCAUGCUAUUUGCCUGACAGUAGCUGUCCAGAUUACCAUUAUAUCAUGGAAAACCUCUUUCUGUAUGUAGUGAGCAGCCUGGAGAUGUUGGUGGCAGAGGACUACAUGAUAAUCUAUAUGAAUGGAGGAACGCCACGCAGCAAGAUGCCUGGUAUCAGCUGGCUGAAAAAGUGCUAUCAGAUGAUUGACAGGAGACUGAGGAAGAACCUCAAGUCUUUGAUCAUUGCACAUCCAUCCUGGUUCAUACGCACAGUCCUGGCCAUCUCCAGACCCUUCAUCAGUGUGAAGUUUAUGAACAAAAUCCGCUACGUGCACAGCUUAGAGGAACUGGAACAGAUCAUCCCCAUGGAGCACAUCCACAUCCCCGAGUGUGUCAUACAGUAUGACGAAGAAAGGAUCAAAGCACGAAAAGAACGGAUGGAAGAAGAGGGGGAGCAUCAGCUGCAAGAAAAUCAAGAGUCAACCAAUACAGAUGGACCAUCAGCAACAACCACAACAAGAGUAGAAGAACCAGUCCUGUGAGAGACGCCUUUCCAUAAAAGUCACUCUUAUCUGCUGAUCUAAAUCCAGCUUCCACUUUCACUGGCCUGCUCUGGUCUGUAAUCACACAAUUCACACACUGGUUCCAGGUCAGCAUAAAAGGGUCUCUUUUAUCACAGGUUUCUUAAAACUCCACCACCAGGCGGCACUCCAUCCAGAGAAUUAUUGCUGUAUUCAGUAGCAGGAUGUAUGUAACCACAACCAGUGUAUGUUCGCUACCGCAGCUUCCCAGUUAAUGACAGACCCUGAUGUCCACUUUCUGGCCAGUGCCAUCUUAAAGAACAUGCUGUCACCUGCCUAUACAAAUCAUAUGUGUGUUUGCUCAGGAGAGAUUCUUUAAAGCGAUGCAUGCAAAGUUGACCUUUCCUGUCUGUGUGUACACAUGCCCAGCUUGAAUGUGUUAUUAAACUCUGCUGCUUGUUCGUAUGGCUAUUUCAUGUUUUGAUUUUUUAAAUGUUUUGAAUGCUUUCUUCCUCCAACAGUAUUGUGGUAAAUUAUUGCUUUUUAAGUUCCACAGAAGUGCAAACCAAUACGUCCUGGAGAAUAUGGCUUGUCACAGAUUUUGUUCGAUGGUAAUUUUAUGUUGCCUUAAGUUCUGAAUGUCAAAGUUUCAAAAUUAAACAGUAGUAUAUGAAUGACAUUGACUCGUUUUAUGCAUUUCUCAUACCAAAGUAAUGUUGUUAAUGUUUUUUUUAAGGAAACGAAAAGAUCAUACAAGAUUUUAUCCAUCAAAUUCCUGUCUGUAUUUGUAAAUUUUAUAUUAUUAAAGAUGUGGCCAUGGAGAUAGCUGGUUCAGGUUUGAUCCAACUAUGCAAUCAUCUCGUUGAUUGCUCACUAUCUGAGCCGAUUCUCUACUGUAAUGCAACCCAAAUAUGUUGUGCAGCUGCAGUGUGUUCUGGAAAUUUUGCUGUCCCCUCUAAUUCUCAUAAAAAUUAAAUUGAACAUCACUUUAGAAUGGUGAAUGAGAAAAGAAGCUCUUGCUCUUUUUUUUUUAAAUUUUUUUUAUUAUUUAUUUUUUUAAAAGAAGUUAACAGAUGAACUGACCCCUAUCCCUUAUGUAAAAGAAUAUUUAAAUCCCAUAGACAAUAUUUGAAACAAAUUUUGAAUUUAUUUAGAUGUAGACUAUGGCCUUUUGUUGUUAAGAGCAGUAGUAGUCAUCAUCCCUUAAUCCCAAAUCAUAUUCUGAAUUCAGUAUUUUUUAAAAUUACACAAUGAAAAGUUACAUUGUUUCUGAAGGGUUGUAGAAAAUGUAUUAUUUGUAAAUAUGCUUCAUCACUAUGCUACUUAUGAAAGUAUAAAACACAAGCUCAGGAAGUGCAUAUGUGGGGGGGGGGGGUCAUAAGACUUAUUACUAUGUACCUGUGACUACCUAAACACUUCGCAUUCUCUGACACUGGCUACUUCAGCAUGUUUACCCAAGUUACAUCAAGUGUCUGCAUAAAUAGAAAUUUCACUCUCCCUGCCUUUGAGCCACAUGCACAAAGAGCACAUAUACACCCACAGUAAAUAAAGAAUGACACUUACUGUCACAGACAGCACUUGGACACUACAAUUAGCACCUAGCUGAUAUGUGAGUGAUAGGAACACUUCUCUUGGAUUAUCGCUUGAUUUAUAGCCCUUGUCCUUUGGAAUUAAAAUUAUUUUUUUCAGUGUUGACUUUAAGAAACAUGAAUUUAAUUAUUCAAAAACAGGU